UUCCGCGGGAAAAACGGGAUUUGGGAAUUCCGGGGAUGUCCCGGGGUGACAUCCGAGGGAUUUCCGUGGGAAAAACGGGAUUUGGGAAUUCUGGGGCCCAUCCAGGUGUUCCCAGGGGGACAAUUCCUGAUCCUUGAGGGUAUCCAGGUGUUCCCAGGGGCACAUCCAGAUGUUCCCGAGGGUAUCCAGGUGUUCCCAGGGGUAUCUAGGUGUUCCAGGGGCACAUCCAGGUGUUCUCAAGGGUGUUCCUGGGGGUAUCCAGGUGUUCCUGGGGGGGCAAGUCCUGAUCCCUGAAGGUAUCCAGGUGUUCCAGGGGCCCAUCCACGUGUUCCUGGGGGUAUCCAGAUGUUCUGGGGCCCAUCCAGGUGUUCCUGGGGCCCAUCCAGGUGUUCCUGGGGUCACAUCCAGAUGUUCCCAAGGGGUAUCCAGAUGUUCCGGGGCCCAUCCAGCUGUUCUGGGGCACAUCCAGGUGUUCCCGGGGUCACAUCCAGGUGUUCCUGAGGCACAUCCAGGUGUUGCUGGGGUCACAUCCAGGUGUUCCAGGGGUAUCCAGCUGUUCCCGGGGCUAUCCAUGUGUUCCCGGGGGUAUCCAGGUGUUCCUGGGGUCACAUCCAGGUGUUCCCGGGGGUAUCCAGGUGUUCCCAGAGGUAUCCAGGUGUUCCUGAGGGCACAUCGAGAUGUUCCUGAGGGUAUCCAGAUGUUCCAGGGGGUAUCCAGGUGUUCCCGAGGGUAUCCAGAUGUUCUGGGCCCCAUCCAGGUGUUCCCGGGGCCCAUCCAGGUGUUCCAGGGGGGACAAUUCCUGAUCCCUGAGGGUAUCCAGGUGUUCCAGGGGGUAUCCAGGUGUUCCAGGGGCCCAUCCAGGUGUUCCCGGGGGUAUCCAGAUGUUCUGGGGCCCAUCCAGGUGUUCCUGAGGGCACAUCGAGAUGUUCCCGAGGGUAUCCAGAUGUUCCAGGGGGUAUCCAGGUGUUCCUGGGGGUAUCCAGGUGUUCCAGGGGCCCAUCCAGGUGUUCCCGGGGGUAUCCAGAUGUUCUGGGGCCCAUCCAGGUGUUCCUGAGGGCACAUCGAGAUGUUCCUGGGGGUAUCCAGCUGUUCUGGGGCACAUCCAGAUGUUCCCACGGGUAUCCAUGUGUUCCCGGGGGUAUCCAGAUGUUCCUGAGGCACAUCCAGGUGUUCCCGGGGGUAUCCAGCUGUUCCAGGUGUUUCCCCUGCCCCUCUCACCCCGUUUUCUCCCCCCUUUUCCCGU